AUGGAGUCUACAUUUCUAGGCAACUUUGAUUUCAUCUUCGACCGUGCGGGCCUCGACGUACCUACUCAAUCCCCCUCCAUAGCCCCCUCCAACCCCAUGGUAGAGAGUGAGGUUGUCUCAGUGUCGCCGUCCAUUGCACCGCCCAAUAGAGAGGAAUAUCGCUCAGGGAUUUGCAGAUCCAGCCUGGAUCAAAAGGGCUACGCUCCUCUCGAUGUUUUAGUUGGUCAGCCUGCGCAGGCACCGGACUAUACAGACAUAACGGGGCAAGACUCCGACCUCUAUGCCCCACCUCUCGUGUCACAUCGGUUGGCCACUCGGAUACAAGUAGUUCUUCGUCAGGGCAACGUCCGCGAUCCACACCUCCGGCCUAAUGUACUAACUCCGAGUACCGCACAUUCUCCCGUCAUUCAAAACAUGAGACUCACCAUUAUCUUUCAAUCAAUGCUCGAGUCUGCUGAGUUUUUCGGAGCUCGCCUCAACCCCUCCUUCGAAAACACAAUACAUCCAAACUUGCGGGAUACGCCCUCCAGUGGAGAUACCCAAGCCCAUCACCACAAUGGUAAUCCUCUUACGGCGAUGCAUGGGCCUAGUGUUUUGAGAGAAACUCAAACAAAUACCAUGGGCAAAACCAGAUGGUUCCCCUGUACCAGCUGCGGCCAGAGAUUUUCAAAUGCGCCGAAAUUAACGAAGCACAUAGCAAACCACGCUGUACCCUCCAGCCGGCUGGGAAGGCACUCGGAAGUGGUCUGGAAGGGCGCUAAUCGAUCUCGUACAGUUCCAUCUUUGUCUGUCCAGGAAUACACUCCUGACACAGAAAUUCUUGCUGAUAACGACGCGCUCCACUCGGAAACUUCUUCGGAAUUCGAUCUCGGAGAACCGGUUGUGGAGUCGGAUGAGCAAAUGAAUCAUGAAGGAGCGGUUAAUGCCCUUGUUUCUAGGGUGGGUCAUGAUCUGAGUGGUUCUAGUCCCACGGCAGUACAGGAUACGGAACCUGACGCCGGGGAAGCUCACGACACCACCGAAGAAGAGUGUUCCAUGGAUCACACUCCAAGACACGAUGAUGCGGCGAUAGUGCUAGCACGUGGAAGUGGUGGCGACACCAUCCGAAUAGACCCUCGCGGGGAUCCUUUUCCCCCGUCGACACCAAACCUCCACCACUGCUCGCAUUGUUCUCACUCCUUCACCCGUAAGGCGGCGCUAGCCAAUCAUCUUAGAUCGCACUCGAUUAAAACCCUCAAACCAAUCCCAACACCCACUCCAACAGAGUGGAAGUGCACUACCUGUGACAAGGUCUUUAUCACCAGACAGGGGCUCACCGGUCAUGCCCAGGUGCAUCGGAGAAAACAAUAUCAGUGCUCUAUGUGUGCAAAAUCUUACCACAUGGAGAGUCAUCUCACCAAUCAUCUCGUGUCUCAUCAGGAUAGAAGGGCUCUUCAUUGCAUCUGCGGAAGGAGGUUCUUCAAGCUGAUUUAUUUGGAGAACCAUGAGACCGAGUGUGAGCAGCAUCGGGCCCGGAUAGAGUCCAUGCAAAUUCCACACUCCCAGCCAGGUAAAUAA